AUGGGGGCAAAGGAUGUCAAGGUAGGAACAAGUGCAGAACAGGGUCCAGAUUACAUAAAGGAUCAUUUGCCCAAAGUUCAUCAACAUACCUCCUACAUAGGAGAAAAGCAGCCAACCUUAGAAAAGACGGGAGAUCUCAGAUACUUAUGGAGGGCAGCCUCUCACGGAAGCUUGCCACCAAAAUACAAACACGAGUAUGUUGGUGAAGUUGGUUGGGGGGCACAGUACUCCUUCAUCAAUGAAUCCAGACUUAAGAGUGGCUUUCAUAGAAAGCAUGGAGAACUAAGUCUUGGUGCCCUUGAUAAGUUAACCCACAGAUAUCAAAACCCAUGGCAACCAAGGCCUUCUGUCCUAGAUGCUGAAGGAAGAAAGAGUCGUGGUUUUCUUGCUUGGCACAUAGGUGAUUAUGAGAACACCACUCAGAGAAACUCCAGCCGGGCCCAACUUUUGAAGCAGAGUAAGUCACCAUCACUGAGAGUGUCCCAGGCAUCAACACUGCCAAAGGUACCAACAAAGAGAAAGGACACUAAGACACCUGAAGCUUACUGGGCAGAUGACAGGGUCAAAUUUUCAGUUUUGAAGUAUUUAGUCAUCAAGAUUGAUGAUAUGUUUGAUAUGGAAGGGAGCAUUUCAAUAACUCAACUGAAAACAGAAGAAUUAAAAUAA